AUGGCCAAACAACAAGGAGGAUAUGAGAAAGUUGGUUGCUUGGAGAAAGAUAUUAGAAAUCAUGUAGAUAAGGAUCGUCGUUUGUAUUUAGAAUCAGGAGAUGCAAAUGCAAUGUUGGAGUGUUUUAUGCUUAUGCAAGAAGAAAAUUCAAGAUUCUUUUAUGCAGUUGAUUUGGAUGAUGAUGGCCGCUUAAAAAAUGUAUUUUGGGUGGAUGCAAAUGGUAGAAAUGAUUAUCAAGAUUUCAGAGAUUCAAGGUUGCUUGGUUGUGCAUUACUAGCGAAUGGGUUUUCAGAUACUUUCAUAUGGUUGAUGAAAACAUGGCUUAGGGAAAUGGGUGGCAAGCCUCCAAAUGUAAUUAUAAUCGACCAAGAUAGAGCAAUGAAAGUGGCUAUUAAAGAGGUAUUUCCAAAUGUUCGACAUCGUUUUUGUCUUUGGCAUAUACUUAGAAAGGUGCCUGAGAAGCUUAGUCAUGUAAUAAGAAAACAUGAGGAUUUUGUGGGAUAUUUUAACACAUGCAUUUACAAGUCUCGUUCAAUACAACUCUUUAAAGAUAAAUGGAAAGAAAUGAUAGAAAAAUUUCAACUAUCUGAGGAUGGUUGGAUUCAAUCUUUAUAUGAAUAA